AUGGCUGCUGAAUCUGAUGUCCUGCACUUCCAAUUUGAGCAGCAAGGUGAUGCUGUCCUACAGAAAAUGAACCUCUUGAGACAGCAGAAUUUAUUUUGCGAUGUAUCCAUCUAUAUCAAUGACACGGAAUUCCAGGGACACAAGGUGAUUUUUGCUGCUUGCUCUACUUUCAUGAGAGAUCAGUUUUUACUCAACCAGUCAAAGCAGGUCAGAAUCACCAUCUUGCAGAGUGCAGAGAUUGGCAGAAAGUUAUUACUCUCUUGUUACACUGGUGCACUGGAGGUAAAAAGGAAAGAGCUUUUGAAAUAUUUGACUGCUGCAAGUUACCUUCAGAUGGUACAUAUAGUGGAGAAGUGCACAGAAGCUUUGUCUAAGUAUUUGGAAAUAGAUUCUUCAAUGAAGAACAACAGUCAGAGUGCUGAGAUAUGCCAUUCUUCUUAUCCAGAACUAAAGGAUGAAGAUGAAAAUUUAGAUAGAGACUGUGAAAUAAUUGAGAUUUCUGAAGAUAGCCCUGUAAACUUGGAUAUCGACGUUAAGCAAGAAAAAGAUAAUGCUUUGCAACCGACUAUACAGGGCUUGUUAUUAGACAAAAAAGAUAUGAAAGCAUCAGAGAUUUCAGCAGUUGAAAUAGGGUAUAAAGAUGAUGAAAUUUGCAUCUUCAGAAUGGAUUCCAUCAAUGUGCCUACUGUAGAAAGUGAACAGUUUUCACAGCCUUGUACCUCUUCUAAAACAAACAUAUAUUUCCCAGAAACACAGCAUUCACUGAUUAAUUCUACAGUGGAAAGCAGGAUGACAGAAGUCCCUGGGAAUCAUUUUCAGGGAUUUAUUGGUGAAAGUACAGAAGGGAACAUUGGUAUAACAAAUGGACUUCAAAGUUUAGAAGAGGGUUAUUCCUGGAGGCACCAGUGCCCCAAGUGUCCGCGAGGAUUUCUUCAUCUUGAAAAUUAUCUGCGCCAUCUGAAAAUGCACAAACUGUUCUUGUGUUUGCAAUGUGGAAAAACAUUUACACAGAAGAAAAAUCUUAACCGGCAUAUCCGAGGACACAUGGGCAUACGACCAUUUCAGUGUUCUGUGUGUUUAAAGACAUUUACUGCUAAGAGCACUCUUCAGGACCACUUGAACAUUCACAGUGGAGACCGGCCCUAUAAGUGCCAUUGUUGUGACAUGGACUUUAAGCACAAAUCUGCCCUCAAAAAGCACUUGACCUCUGUUCAUGGGAGAAGUAGUGGGGAAAGGGCAAACCUUGAUGUCAUCACAAAAGUCAAAAUAGACUAUGAUUAA